AUGAAGUUCGGCGUGGCUCUCCUCGCGCUCGGCGCGAGUCUGACGCGGGCGGCUGACACGAUUCAAGCCGGCGCGCCCGAAGCAGGGACGCAAUGUUCAGUCCCACUCGUCGGUCUGCCCAUGUCUUCCCCGCAGAUCCACUACGAGCCCUCCUUCGACGAAGGCUGGGAGUGGUCAGCACGUGAGGGCGAGGCGACCUCGAACGGCUACCUGCAGUACCCACGGAUCAAGACGUCCCACGUCGGUGCUCAGCUGCAGUACGCCUUUGUCGGCAACGGUGCCAGGCUGAACGGCACGGCCUCACCUGGCUCAUCUUUAACCAUGCGGCUAGAGCACCUGAAGCCCGACACGAACGCGCACGCGACGACGACCGUGUUCCCAGAGGGCCUGACGGACGCGAUCUUGUUUGAGACGGAUACGUUCCACUCCACGGGCGACUGGAUGCGCAUCACGUUCCAGGUCGUCAGCGGCACGUUUGAGUUCAACCGUAUCGAAUACUCUGCGCUGCGGACGUGCAAUGCGAACGCGCCCCAGGGCGAGGACGUCAUCCUUGACAGUAUCACGACGGGCCCGACGCAGCCGUACACCCUCGCGGGAGAGUGGAGGGGCAUGCAGCGCGAUCCGACUGUCGCGCCGGGGAGUGAUCGCGCCCAGAGCCUGAUUGAGGCGAAACCCGGCGGCGUGAUCAGCUUUGCGGCGCCUCCGAAAGCCGCGUACAUGCACCUGAACGGCAUGGUUGCGAAGUCUGGCGGCGACUACGAGGUGGAGAUCAGCCCUCCGCCUCCCGGCCCCGAUGACGGAUCGACGGCUAGCCGGAAGUACGCGGGCAGCACGAAGCGGCCAUACGCGUCCCUGCAGCCGCUGUGGGAGGGCCAACUCAAGUCCGACCAACAGUACAACGUGACGCUGCGGAACACGGACCCCUCGGCGGUGCUACAGGUCUACUCUGUCAGAAUCGUCAGCGAGGGCGACCAGCCCAAGCCUCUCGGCGCGCACGCGCCGUACAGUCUGAACGAGACUUUUGUCAAUGUCGACGCAAAGCCAUCCGACCCGUCUUCGCCGGGCGAGACCAAGUCCGAGACGCAGAAGGGCACGAACGUCGGCGCCAUCGUCGGCGGCGUCGUUGGCGGUGUUCUCGGCGCGAUCCUGCUCGGCCUGCUGGGCUGGUGGCUGUGGCGCAAGUGUCAUGCGAAGGAUCCGUUUGACGACGACGCGUCCAUCGUCGAUGUCGCCGACCAGGCCGCGGCCGACGCGCUGCCAUACCCCCAGCAUCCGAACAUGUCGCAGCUUACCCAGUUCCACUCGACUGGCAGCUUUGGCAUGUCCAGUGCGAGUGCGAGCUAUGGGACAGCGUCGCAGAGCCAGAGCUUCGCGACCCUCCCUCGCGCACUCACGCCGGAGGGGACGGGUGCAAGCUAUGGUACGCAUGGGUACAGCUACUCUGCCAGUGGCUCGGACGCAACGUCCGCGAUGGCCGUGGCGUCGCACAGCGCCUCGUUCCCCGCGCUGCCCCGCUCCUCCUUCUCCUCCCGCCACAUCCCCGGAUCGCCUCUCAGCAACCUGCCCCCGAUCAGUACGCAGAGCACGGGCGAGAUGCCCCCUCUCUCCCCCCUGCCCAAUACGCCAUACUCGCCCGGCAUCGGCCCGUCCUACACCCCCAACGCCGAAGAGUCCCUCACCCCUCCCAUCCCCGCGGCGGUGGCCAAGACGCCCCGCCAAGUACCUAGGCCGCGGAGCCGGCAGCCGAGCCGCCGCCUCGUCGAGACGGAGGACACGGUUCCGCCGUCGUACGACCCGACGUGGGCUGACGACUUUGUCGAUGGGCAGCAGUACCUCGAGCCGGCGAUUGCGUCGCCGCGAACAUCGGGCCAGCCGCCCCUCAGCCCUAUCUCGACACCGCCAGCGGCCGCGAGGGCGACACCACCCCUGCCCACGCCGCCUAUUGCGAGACAGCACGGGGCGGGCAGCGGAGCUCACGGCGGAGCUGCCGGUGGCGCGGGUAGCAUAGCCAGUGGAGCUGGUAGCAUGGCCGGUGGAGCUGGUAGCAUGGCCGGUGGAGCGCACGGCGCCGGCGAAAGCAGUGGGCCAGGAGCAGAGUACGGCAGCCAAGAAGGCCUCGCGACCCCGCCAUCGAGCAACGCGCCGCUCGCGGCGCACGCCAUCCCCCCCUCCCCGCCGAGUCCGGGCACGAGCGACGAGAACAUCCUGAGCGUGCGCCCGACGUCUCCUGCCCAUAGCGACUUUAACAACCGGCGCUAA